ACACAGAUCACACACAGAUCACACACAGAUCACACCGAGGUCACACCGAGGUCACACACAGGUCACACCGAGGUCACACCGAGGUCACACAGCAGAGAUGGGAGCGCUCAUUUCCAAAUCCAAAACUCACCUGAGUCGGACUGAACAGCUGGAAAACACGGAGAAGGAAAUUAAAGAACUGAUGGAUUUUCAAGCCAAGAAUCAGCGUCUGCAGAGGCUGUGGGUGGGCAGACUCCUGGUUUAUUCUUCGAUCUUUUACCUCGUCACGUCUCUGCUCGUGUACUGUGUGUUUCUGCCCGAGCGCUGGCUGCAGCGCUGCACUCUGGCCCUGCCCUUCUUCACGUUUCCGGUCGUGGUUUGGUUCAUCCGGAAGCUCCUCAUUUUCCUUUUCUCCAAACGAACUGAGUCCAACAACAACAGGUUGGAGGAGUUAAAACUGUUCAAGAAGAAGUUGCUGGAGGAGGUGAUGGAAAACGAGACGUACAAAAAGGCCAAACAAAUCCUGGAGCAGUUUGACCCUGACGCUGUUCAAAAACAGACUGAGUCGUCCCCUCGCCCGUCACCUGGCACAGGGCUGCGGCACAGGGCGGGGCCCCUCACACCGGGGCCCCUCAUGGCUGUGGGCGCGGCUGUGCCUGGGGCUCCAGGAGGGCCCCCAGAGAGGUCUGCUCUGUCGUCGCCUGUCGUCUAUGGGCCCCUGUCUGGGCCCCUGUCUGGGCCUCUGUCUGGGCCUCUGUCUGGGCCUCUGUCUGGGCCUCGUCCUGGAGGGCCCCACCCUCCGGGGCCCCACCCUCCGGGGCCCCACCCUCCGGGGCCCCCUCUGGCCCGUCCCAUUCUGCCCCAGGAGCGCGGGCCCCUGGACAGAGUGGUGGAGUACCUGGUGGGAGACGGACCACAGAAUCGAUUUGCUCUGAUUUGUAAACAGUGUUUUUCUCAUAAUGGAAUGGCCCUGAAAGAAGAGUUUGAAUAUCUGGCGUACCGAUGUGCGUACUGUUACUUCAUGAAUCCUGCGAGGAAGACCCGCCCUCAGGCUCCGAGACUCCCAGAGUUCAGCUACGAGCGACGGCUCCGAGCAGAAGGAAGUGCAGCGCCCCCUAGUGACGCUCCCCCCAGCACAGAUGAAGAUGAAAUCAGAGACACGACCAGUGAGACAGAAGUGAGUGACAGGGAGGAGCCUGAGUCAGAGGGUCAGACAGAAGAGCCUCGUCCCAGCAGCUCCGCCCCCACUGAGACGCAUCAGGAGACGGGACAGAACCAGAGUCUGACUGGACCAGAGCCACAGUCAGAACCAGAGCCACAGUCAGAACCAGAGCCACAGUCAGAACCAGAGUAGACUGGAGCCACAGUCGACCGGAGCCUGGACCAGGGUCGGUCCAUUUCAGUUGUUGUUCUUCCUUCAGAGACAGUAUUAAUUUGGUUUCGACCUCGGCCUCUGCACUUCUCACAAGAACAAACUCAUUCAUUUGUUUUCUUUUCUAUAAUCUAUAAGUUUUAUCAGUGAAACUUGAAAACUCUCAGAACCACAAAGACAGAGCUGAGACUUUAAGCCUCGUUAAAGCUGAAAAUGAACAGUCCGAGUUUAAUGAGGGUCACAGCAGGAGACGAGUCAAAAGAAAAGUCUGACCCCUGACAUGACAGGACACAGAGACACAGAGACACAGAGACAGAGACUCAGAGACAGAGACACAGAGACAGAGACACAGACAGAGACACAGACUCAGAGAC